UCUGUUGUAUGAAUAUAUGUGUUUGUUUUUGUGUCAUUUGCUUUCUUCUUUAAAUUUUUUUACUUAUUUGCUUUUUCUUUGUAUACAGUAUUCCACAUAUGAGUGAAGUCAUAAGGUAUUUGUCUUUUCUAAGUGUGUCUUCAAGACAUUAUUAGAGUGAAGGUGAUACGUAACCUUGAUUGGUUAAGAAAAACCUCAUCAAGGUCAUGUGACCUGGGAGCAGAAUCAAAGGCAUUGUGAAAGUGAAAUUCCCCCACUGACCUGUCCUCAGCCCCCUUCAAAGGUGCACAGAGUAUCCAGCACCCACCAUUCGGAGCACCUACUGACAGAGGAAAUCCAAAAAGUAAGAUUGGCGAGAAGCACUGAGGAGCGGGGAACAUGGCCGGUCGUUGCAGACAGCUGGGUCCCUGCAAACUCUCUCAAGCCCAGCAAGUGAGGAAGCAAAACCCGGGUGCAGGGAGGCAGGUGGCUCCCCCGCCAAGGGACGAAGACCCCAGGGUGAAGUGUAGGGACUGCGGAGCCUUUGGGCACAAAGCGAGGAGCCUCAGGUGCCCCAUGAAGCGCUGGCAUGGGGCCCUGGCCCCCCAGCCCUUGGGCUCCAAACUUGGCAAGGAGAACCUGGAACCACGGAAGCUGCAGCACCUGCAGACCCCCGGGACCCCUAACACGGCCGAGAGAGAGAAGGGUGAAAGGCAAAGGAAAGAAGAGCAGCAGAGGGAGCUACUCCAGAGAUUUCCCAGGAAACCCCAAGGGUGGCGGCAGCAGUACUGGAAGGAGGGGACAGAAUCCUGCCACUACCUGAGGCAUCCAAACAUGCCCACACUCACCCAGGCAUCGAAGAGGAAACCCCUCUGGGAUCCAGAUCUCCCCAGUAGGUCCCCUGUCAGGAGAGAUGACAGGAAAUGCACCCACCCUGCAGUGUCCCUCAUCAGCAGAAGUUUGGUCCAGGACUCCAAAAGCAGCACCAAGGCCCCAGGCAAGAGGUCUGCCCAGAUCCCCAUCCAGACAUGUCUGAACCCCCCAAAGAAACCUAGACUCAGCCCCAUCCAGCCUCCCCAGAAGAGCACUCUGACAGCAGACCUGGGGGCUUCCCAGAAUCUCCCUCCUCCACCCAGUACAACCGGACCCACAGGGACCCCCCAAGUCAGCAGGAAGACACCUGCCCAGGGGCAAAGCCUUGCCCUCAAACCUCCACUGGACAGAUCUCGCCCCAAUAGUGUCCAAGCCUGCACCAGACACCAUCCUCCACCCACCAGCCAUGUUCCAGGCCAGCCUCUCAGGAUGCUCUUCGUGAGAGUAGACGAAGGCCGGUGGAGCUGCAGGUACGUGACGCCUCCCCCCUUGCCUCGUCCUGAGCAGUCAGCCCCUCCUCCCGCUGGCAGGAAGCCUGAGCGACACUGGGCCCCUGGCCCCCGGAGUGUCCUCUACGAUGACCUUCAGGUGUCUUCUUCCUCUGAAGACAGCGACUGGGAGGGACACGCCAAUGGCAGCUAA